AUGAAUCAGGGGAUAGCACUGGAGUGUGGUGGCGUGGCAGCGGUGCUGGCGUGCGCGGCGCUCGGCGCUGCCCAGCCGGGCCUGGUGUCGUUCGCGGGCACCUCGUUUAUGCGGCUGACCGGACAGGCAGUGGACCUGCGCGGCCUGAUCGGCCUCAGCUUCCGCACGUGCAAAGACGGCACGCUGCUGGAGGAGCACGGCCAGAUGGACAGCCUGGAGCUGGACCUGCUGGCCAACGGCACGCUGCGCCUGAUCCGGCGGCGCUUGGCCGGCUCUGACCAGCUGGUGGGGCGCAACUUCCACGGCUGCCUGCUGCGCGGCCCCAGCGUGCCGCUGGACGACCCGGCAGCGCAGGCGGUGAACGUGGUGCACGGCCGCUGCACGCUGCCCGACACGGAGACGUGCGACGGGUACGACUCGGUCGAGCCGUCACCGUGCUUCUCGCAGCCGUGCCAUCACGGCACCACGUGCACGCCCGACGCGGAUGGCACGGGCUACACGUGCGCCUGCAGCGGGCGGUACUCGGGACAGGACUGCCAGAUUGACGACGGUCCACUGUGCACUCGGCCCCAGUACCAGUGCGAGAACGACGGCCUCUGCCAGGAGGACUGGGCCGGCAACCGCACCGUCUGCCUCUGCCCCGAGGGCUUCGCCGGCGAGCGGUGCGAGGUCACCGUGCAGGCGUGCAUCGCCAAUCCCUGCCACAACAACGGACGCUGCGGCUUGACCAACGGCGUACAGACCUGCAACUGCCCCAUCGGUUUCUCCGGCCAGUACUGCGAGGAGCCUGUGGAUGAUUGCGCUGUGCUUGAUCGGCCCUGUCUGCACGAGGGAGAGUGCAUCGACAAGGACAACGGCUAUCUCUGCGACUGCCGCGGCACCGGGUAUGACGGCGAACGGUGCGAGAAGAACGUGGACGAGUGCCGGUCGGCGCCGUGCCAGAACGGCGGCACCUGCUUCGACCAGUUCCCGGACUACAUGUGCGCCUGCCCGGCCGGCUGGGAGGGCCGGCACUGCGAGCAGGACAUCAACGAGUGCUCUGUGCAGCCGUGCCUGAACGGCGGCAAGUGCGCCAACCUGCCGGGCAGCUACCGCUGCGCGUGCCGGGCCGGCUUCACUGGCGACAACUGCGCCACGAACGUCGACGACUGCAGCACGGCCACGUGUCCGGAGAACGCCGACUGCGUGGACGGCAUCAACGGCCACGAGUGUGUCUGCCGGUCGGGCUUCUCAGGCGCCCCCUCCAACUGCACGCGCAUGAGCUCCUGCGAGCCUAACCCGUGCCAGAACGGCGGCUUCUGCCAAAUGCAGGACGACAUGGUGAUCUGUUACUGUGCCAACGGAUUCACAGGCCCCGUGUGCGAGGUGACACCGACGGUACCGGAGCCGUCCUCCGAGGAGGAGCUGGCCAGCCUGGCGCUGCAGGUGGCGCCGCGUCAGCAGCCGGCCGCCUGCUUAUCGGCGCCCUGCGGCGCUGGCGCCACCUGCACGGACGCCGACGACGGCGGCUACAGCUGCCUGUGCGCCGACGGCUCUUCGGGCCCGAGCUGCGAGGUGCCAGGCGCCUGCCAGCCCAGUCCCUGCCUGAACGGCGCCACCUGCACCGAGCGCGACGGCACGCCCGUCUGCCAGUGCGCGGACGGGUACUCGGGGGAUGUGUGCGAGACUGCCGACAGCCCCUGCUCCAGUCAGCCGUGCCUGAACGGCGCCGACUGCGUCAUCACAGACAAUGCACAGAGUUACUACUGCGAGUGCAUAGCCGGGUUCGAGGGCCUGACGUGCGAGAACAACAUCGACGACUGUCGGGACGUGCAGUGCGUGGCCGGCCAGCAGUGCUUCGACGAGGUCAACGGCUACGACUGCCGCUGUCCGGACGGCUUCAGCGGCGAGCACUGUGACCAGAACAUCAACGACUGCGCCGACAGUCCCUGCCAGAACAACGGCACGUGUGUGGAUGGCAUCAACGACUACCAGUGCAUCUGCCCACCCGGCUACAUAGGUCGCAACUGCACGGAAGACCUGGACGAGUGCGCCAUGAUCCCCAAGCCGUGCGUGCACGGCAUAUGCCAGAACUUGAACGGCUCGUACCAGUGCUACUGUCGGCCCGGCUUCCUCGGCGACCACUGCAGCCACGACUACGACGAGUGCCUGUCGAGGCCGUGCUUCAACAACGGCACGUGCGAGAACCUCGAAAACAGCUUCAACUGCCACUGCACGCCUGGCUUCGCGGGGAAGAACUGCGAGGUGAACAUCAACGAAUGCGAGCCUGAUCCGUGCAAGAACAACGCCACGUGCGUGGACGGCAUUGCCAGUUUCGAGUGCGCCUGUCUGCCUGGCUUCACCGGCAAGCUCUGCGAGACCAAUAUCGACGAGUGUGAGUCGGCGCCGUGCAUCAACAACGGCUCGUGCGUCGACGGCAUCAACAUGUUCACGUGCAACUGCAACGACACGGGCUUCCGCGGUGACACGUGCGAAAUCAACAUUGACGACUGCGCGCCGCUACCAUGCCGCCACGGCAGCGUCUGCGUCGACCUCGUCAAGGACUACAGUUGCCGCUGUUUCCCGGGAUACGAAGGAAAGAACUGCGAGACGGACAUCGCCGAGUGUGAGCAGAGCCCGUGCCAGAACGGCGCCGCCUGCGUGGAGAAGUCCAACAGCAGCCUGUACGAGAUGGGGCUGGUGAUCCCGGGCCUGCCGCCCACCUACAACUUCUCGACGGCCGGCGGCUACCUCUGUCUCUGCCUGCCCGGCUUCUCCGGCGACGACUGCGAGGUCAACAUCGACGAGUGCGCCUCCAGUCCGUGCCAGAGCGGCGACUGCGUGGACGGCAUCAACGAGUACACGUGCCAGUGCUGGCCUGGCUAUGAGGGCGAGCACUGCCAGACGGAGAUCGACGAGUGCGUGCGGCUACAGCCGUGCCAGCGCGGCGUCUGCCAGGACCGCGUGGCCGACUACGUGUGCGAGUGCGAGGACGGCUUCGGCGGUAAGAACUGCUCGGUGGCGCUGCUCGGCUGCCGCGACGUCACCUGCCUCAGCGGCGGCACGUGCCAGCCGUUCGUCGUCAAUGAGACGGAGCACAUGUUCCGCUGCCGCUGCCCACCCGGCUUCUACGGCGACCUCUGCGAGAAGGAGACGACCGCCUCGUUCCAGGGCGCGUCGCACGUGCGCGUGUCCUCGCCGUCCGACGCCGACAACUACACGCUGAGUCUGCGCUUCCGGACCACGCUGCCGGACGGCCUGCUGGCCGUCGGCCAGGGCCACUCCGGCGGUGACUCGUUCUUCCGACUCCGCCUCAGCGGCGGCGCAGUCAACCUCUUCAGCAGCAUGCAGAACGCGCUGCAGGGCCUGACGGUGGGCGCGGCGCUGCACGACGCCGCCUGGCACCACGUGCUCAUGGCCAUCAACGGCUCAACGGCGGCGCUGUCGGUGGACGGCAGCGGCGCCCAUGAACCGUUGCGCGUCUCUUCGUCGGACGACACGCGGUUCGCCAGCACGAUGCUGGGUCACGCGGCCGCCAGCCACCUCCAGCUGUUCGUCAACACGAGCGGCUUCGUCGGCUGCAUGCAGGACAUCAUGGUGGACGGCGGGGCCGUGGUGCCGUCGAUGCUGCGGGAGGACCAGCAGGAGAACCUGACGCUAGGCUGCCCGCGCGAGGAACAGUGCUCCCCGAACCCGUGCAUGAACGCCGGCGCCUGCGUGGAUCUGUGGAGCCGGUACAGAUGCGACUGUGUUCGGCCCUUCCUCGGCCCAGUCUGUGACCGAAACAUCACGGCGGCCACAUUCAACCACGAGAACAGCAGCGGCUCGCUGGUGUCGGUGGCGGUAGAGCCGGCGUUCGCCGCCUCGCUCACCACCUUCGUCGACAUCUCGCUGUUCGCGCGCACGCGGCAGCCGGAUGGCAUGCUCUUCUACCUGGGCACGGACGUGGCGGACGUGCUGGGCGCCGGCGGCAUCACUUACCUGGCGGCCGAGCUGUCCGGCGGUCUGCUCCAGCUGCGCCUGAAGCUGGCCGCCGAUCGCGAGGAGCUGCUCGAGGUGCCCGGGCCGCGGCUCGACGACGGCGUCAACAACCUCGUCAGGGUGGUGCGCAACGACACCAGUCUGCGCGUGCUGGUGAACGGCGCCGAGCGGGCCAACGCCUCGCUGCCGGACGCGGCGCCGCUCUCUGUCCAGGUGCUGUACCUGGGCGACGUGCCGGAGCCGGGCCGCCGCCGCCGUCGCCGCCAGGUGGAGGAGCGAGGCGUGCAGCCUGUCUUCAAGGGCAGCCUGCAGGACGUUCGGAUCGUCAACGGAGCCGGCCAGACGCGCCUGGUCGAGUUUUACCCGCUGAAUGACCCGAGCUUGCGCCUGCCGCCGCCGCUGGGCCUCGUGACCGCUGACCGGGUGCUGGCCGGCUCGGUCAGCGACGACACGUGCCGAGACGGCCCGUGCAGCAACAACGGCACGUGCGCCGUCACGUGGAACGAUUUUAGCUGCACCUGUCCGCGAGGCUACAAGGGCCGCACCUGCACCGAGCUCGAGUACUGCGUGUGGCACGAGUGUCCGGGCGACUCAACCUGCCACGACCUCGCCGACGGCCACGAGUGCGUGGCCAACGCCACCUUCAACGGCGUCAACAGCUCGGUGGCGUACGCGGCGCGGCUGUCGGCCGGCGCCGCGCUCGACUCCAUCUCGGUGGCGUUCCGCAGCCGCCCGUUCCGCGGCUGCCUGUCGGCCGUGCGGCUGGGCGGCGUGCUGCUGCCGUUCCUGUCCGAUGAGGCGGUCAACAGCUCGGCCGCCGACAGGUUCGCCGUGCGUCAGCCCAUGCAGUUCGUGGCCGAGGACUGCACGUUGUGCUACCAGCACGAGUGCCAGAACGGCGGCGCGUGCGCCGCGCCGGCCGACGAGUUCGACUGCACGUGCCCGGCCGGCUUCAACGGCACCACCUGCCAGAACAACAUCGACGAGUGCCUGCUGGGCAACGAGUGCACGAACGGCGCCACCUGCGUGGACGGCGUCGACGGCUACUCCUGCGCCUGCGUGGGUGGGUACGUGGGCGAGCACUGCGAGACUGAGGUGGACGAGUGCGCUUCACUACCGUGCCAGCACGGCGCCACCUGCGUCGACCGCAUCAACAACUACACCUGCGUGUGCACCGACGAGUACAUCGGCCGCGACUGCGAGCAGAUGAAGGUCGUCAACUGCACGCACAAGCCGUGCCAGAACAGCGGCGUCUGCGUCGACGUAUUCGACGGCGAGGUGGCCGUCAACUACACGUGCGCGUGUCCGUUUGGUUUCGAGGGUCGCGACUGCGAGCUGGUCACGGACUUCUGCCAGCCUCAGCCGUGCCUGAAUGACGGCACCUGCUCAUCGAACCCCGGCGUCGGCUACACCUGCCAGUGCGCGCUGGGCUUCGAGGGCGACGACUGCGAGAUCAACAUCGACGAGUGCGCCUCGACGCCCUGUCAGAACGGCGGCACGUGUCUCGACCAAGUGAACUCGUUCGUGUGCUCCUGCCCGUCGGGUUGGACGGGACGCCUCUGCGACACGGACACCCCUGAGUGUCAGUUCUCGCCGUGCCAAAACGGCGGCAACUGUACAGAGCUGCCGGGAAGCUUCGAGUGCACCUGCCUGCCCGAGUUCUGCGGCAGGUCGUGCGACCUCAACAACCACUGCGUCGAGAAGGUGGACGAUUGCAAGAACGGCGGCGUCUGCGUGCCCUACUGCGACGGCGACCGCAACAACUACAGCGUCCGCAACACGACCUGCAUGUGCUUCGACGGCUACUACGGCCCCACGUGCGAGGACCGGUCGCGCACGGGGGAGAUCAUGAUGGUGGUGGCGCCAGUGCUCAGUAUACUGCUGCUCGCCGCCAUAGUCGGCAUGGUCAUCUUCACAACCAUGGCCAAGAACAAGCGAGCCACGCGCGGCACCUACAGUCCGAGUCGACAGGAGAUGUUCAACCCGCGCGUAGAGAUGGGGCAACAUGAAGAAGCCACCACGGUCCGGCGCGCGUAA